GGCUACAGGCUGGAGAUGCGUGGGCCGCCGCCGCCGCAAGCGGAGAGAAGAGGCGCUGGUUACUCCUCCCCUCAGCCAGGCAGGGGGAGUCUCUGGCGGACGGAAGCAGGGGCUCUUGGGCAGGCUCCCGACCGCAGAGGGCGCUCCGCCUGCCUCGCUUGGAAAACAGUCACCCACCGACCCGCGGCUGCCGUCUGCUCCCUGGACGGACGAUCCAUGGUUCUCGCCGGUGGUUGUAGCCGCGUGGCCCUCAGCGUCCUGCUCCUGCUGGCCAGCGCUUCAGGUGAAUCUUGUAGGGCAUACACAGAUUCUGAUGGACUCACAUAUUCUGAAAAAUCCUGCCCGCAAUUCUGCUGUGGAAACUGUAUCAGCAGAUAUUGCUGCUUGGAUAGGUCAUAUAAAUUUGGAGAAGAUGAACAAUUUAUGUGUAAUGUGCUGGAUGACAGGACAUAUCAACCCAUCAAGGAAGAAACGUUGAAGUUGCGUUCACACUUCGAUGAUGACUGGGAACCUAGACCCAGUUUUGGGACCUUUGUUGCUAUAGGGGUCACCGUCUUCGUGGUUUUCGUAGUCACUGUCAUUCUGUGCUUCACCUGUUCAUGCUGCUGCUUGUAUAAAAUGUGUCGGAGGCAACGGCCUGUUGUGACCACCACAACUUCCACCACAGUGGUCCAUGCACCAUAUCCCCAGCAGCCCGGGAUACCACAUGGUUACCCAGUGGCACCCUAUCAAGGAUAUCAUCCUGUACCAGUCCAGCCACAACCUGGAAUGCCAGCAGCACCCUACCCAACACAGUAUCCUCCACCUUAUCCAACUCAAGUUUCAGGACCACCUGCCUACCACGAGACAAUGGCAGCUGGUGCUGGAGCACCCUACCCAGUCAAUCAACCCCCCUACAAUCCUGCUUACAUGGACCCUCAGAAGCCUAUCUAUUGAAUGGAUUUUCUAUUAUGCCCUUGUGCAUAACUUUUUUGUAAAGUAUAACGUGCUGUUUACACCAAAUAGCUAUAGCACAUUUUCCUAAAAUGCAGCAGUCCCUCAUCUCUCUGUAAAGAGAGAAAUCUAAAUCAGUAGCUUUUUAAAAUACACUGAGCUCAGCAAGCAAAAGAAUGUAUCACUUGAAGUUCACUCCAUACCUCAAGCAAAUACAAUAGGAGAACUUGUUCAAAUUCUAGUGACAAAAGGGUGAAAAGGGAAUAGUUCAGAUAUAAGAAGCAUGGUAAUAUGUAUUGUGCAAUAAUUUGAAGGGUAUUCAAAAAGAAUGAUCAGAAAUAAGUUAAACAGUUGUAAACACCCAAAGGUGUAGCAUUCAUCUGCAUAUUAUUAAAAUAUAAACCUAAUUGUCAGAAAAUUUAAGUAAAAUUUGAUCUUCCUGUUUUCAGGUUAACAUAAUGAAUUAAGCUACACGUAACUUAGUGAUCUUAGAAGGGAAAUUUCCUUUGCUGGAAUAUAAUUGUCUUCAGAAAGGGAUAGUGAACAUGUUCCAAUAGCUUUUUUCCACACUGGUUGCAUUUAUUUUGUGCCCAACAGGCAGGGGUUUGAUCUAUUCCUUUCCGAUUUUAAAGCUAAAAACAUGUCAAAGUCCACUAGGUGUCUUUUCACUUCAUUUAAUUCUCUGUUAUCCCUGGCAAAAAACAAACCAACCCUCCACUGUUCAAUUAAACAAACGUGUCAAAAAACUGAAAACCUAAGAAAGCUGCAUGAGAACUAUUGGAAGAGAAUUUGUUUGCGUCAUCAUUGGAGUUUUUGACUACGUUUUGAUGAUAGUGCAAAAAAAAAUUUCACCUUGAUAGAACCAUGCAUUGUCCCCAUGAUGAAAACAUUGCUUCUCAAACUUGCAGAAGAGCAGUCUGACCCAGUGCUAAAUCCUGCUCACUCACGUGUGCAGUAGCUAAUUUUAAGAGAAAUGGAGAUAUACCCCAUGUGCCUGCCAGCAAGAUCAAGCCCUAGAUAUCCUGAGUGUGUUUUUACGCUAAGAUAGGAACUUUGUAAGGAAGAUACUUCUUCCAAUAAAAUUAAAUAUUGACUUCAAAAAUACUGGGGGGGGAAUCUCAACACGCUGUACAGCAAAGACCAAAUCCGGCUAUCCUCCCAAUUUCCACUGAGUGUAAUGGGAGUUUGGACUAAGUAAAGAUGGCAGGAUUUGGCCCCAGAGAGGCAAAGGAGCUUAUGUUGUGGAGAAUUGCACAUGUACAGGGAAAAAAAUUGUCUUAUAAAAGUUUCGUGUUAAAAUGUUGACUUUUAUAACCCAUUGCAAUUUUGACCAGUCACAGCAUUAUUUUCGAUUUUAAAGCUUGUAUUUACCAAACUAGUCACGAUUUUAGACACACUGCACAAUCUGAUUUUUAAAAACCCUCAACAACUCUUCUCUAAAAUUGAAAUAGGCUUUUAUUGUCCAGUGAUGAAGCUAAUCAGUUAACUAUUACUUCAAUGCAGCUGAACUGAUGGAAUAUUAUGACAUUACUCUCAUUCUGGUUUCAUUUGUUUAGAGAUGUUUACAAGCUGCUUGUUUUUGGGUCCUGUACUUGUGAUAGGUUAAAAUAUAUAUAUCAAGUUUGUUUGUACAGACAUGAUCUUGUCACAGAUAGUGUUGUUUAUCUUACUUCUAUCUGCAGAAUGGCUGAGACUGAAACUAGCUUUCAAAAACAGCUUUGUCCAUACUUCAGCGUAGUAUCAGACAGUGGGAAUAGAAAUUGAAAGGCAGUCUAUGCCUGGAUUUUUCAACCUUUGUUUGAGAUGGUCUUCAGGGAAUUUCACAGUCUUUCAGCAGUUGUCCAGUAUUCUGAUAGGAGACCCUGUGUCUGCCUUGUUACAUAGAAUCAAGGGGAGCACUUGUGCUAAUAACAUUAAAUAGGGCCAUGAAACAGGCAUAAAAGGGGAGUUGAGUUACACGGUGCAUUUUCUUCCCUGCUUCGCAACCAGAAGAUGGGGUAGCACCUCACUGUAAAUACUGCACGUUUGGAGCUGUGUGGGAACAGCUGGAGAGGAAGGGGGAGACAAGCUGAGGAGUUUCUGCUGUGGUAUGUUCUCCUAGAAAUCCCAUAUAUCUUAUUUUCUGAAGUGUUUUCUGGCAUAAUUCCUUUUCUGUAGCUUCUACUUGUGUGGGUGGCUGGACAAUUAGGAGUGCAGAGGCACAGUAGAAGGGACCAAGAUCAUCACAGCAACCAGUUUAGACAGCUGCCAGGGUAGAGGCAGAACAGAAAGGGGCAGCCAUUCAGCACUAAUGACCUGAGGUCCUCAGAGUUGGGGCUGGGAUUCUCCAUAGUUGUUUGGUUCUGUGUGAUUACAAAGCUGUGGCCUCUUCAUUUUUGUCCUUUCUUCUGCUUAAAGUGGUAACUCCAUUGAGCUGUGGUACCACAGUGUGGUACAGUUUUGAACAUAACUGUUCCUCUUGAGUUUCACAUUUAAGGGGAGAGCAUGGCACAAGGUGAACUUUGUGUAUAGGCAUAUACCCUGCCUAUGCGAUUUACAAGCCACUAGCCCUGAGAAAAUGGUCCAUAUAAGAAGGAUCCAUAGUAGAGAUAUUAUGGACCAGAUACUGUACAAUGGACAUUUAGGAUAAUUUCAGGAUGAUGAGAGAGACCUGCUAUCCUAGGAGAGGAGGAUAUUGUGUCAUUAGGGAUAGGAUAGGAACUGCAUGUGUGGUAUCCUUUCCUCACUGUGUAUAUGUUAAUGGAGCUGGACAGGGUGAAAGAGGAGGAAAUGGGUGCAGAUUUAUACAUUUUCCUGUUUCAUAGUAGAAGUACUUAACUCAGUUUCACAUUCUUAGUGUAUAGUGAAUAUUAAUCAUAGCUAAAAGAUUGACAUUGGACCAAAAUCUGUUGUUCCCAUGUAACGCAGUGAAUUCUGUUUCUGUGUAGCUCAUGUAGUUAUGUUAAUAGUGGGUGUAAUUAAGAGCAGAAAUUGGCCCAUGAAGUCUAUUUUUGCAUUCAUAACAUGUCAGUCAAAAGUAGUUUAUACAUUGCAAGUGUAAAACUGAUAGUGUUAAGUGAGAGGGGGAAUGGAAUUCAAACUUUAUAUGUUUCAAAAGUUGUGUUUUGUUUUUGUAAACUCCAAGUGCCUUUAUUUUGAAAAGUCUAGUGAUUUAAAUACAGUAGAAUAUUCUCUUGUACUAAUUUACCAUAUACUACUUAGUUUUUUUCUUCAAUUAUAAUCUUGCUUUGUAAGUAGUUUGUAGUUAUAAGUGAGAAGUAUUCAGAAGAACUAAAAUAAAGUCUGUAGAUCUAUUUAUAAUAAAUGUCUGAAGUA